GUGCCUGUGUUUAGCUCUGGGGAGAGUCAAACUGGAUUCCAUAGGGAAAGCCUGCAAAUCACUUCUAUUUUAGCAAGGAGAAAACAGAAUCUCCAUCCAGCAGGGUCCACCCCUCUCUCUUUCUCCCUCUCCUCUCUCUCUUUCUCUUUCUCUCUCUGUCUUUCCCUCCCCCCCCUUCCUCUUUCCCUCUCUCUCCCCCCUUCCCCCCACCCCACUCUCCCUCUCUGGUGUAUCUGUCUACGGCAACCAGCGUCCUCAUCUAAACGCACUGAAAGGAAAGAAACAUCUUUGGUUGGGAGAGAAGGAGGAAAAAAAAGAGAGAGGAAAAAACUUGCCUGGUUGUGGAAAAUGACACUUGAAGUAGCAAAGCCGGCAGCGCGAGUUGAGUCUAUUGUUUCUUAAAUUGCCAUCAGGGCUUUUUUUUUCUUCCUGCUUCUUCAAGUGAAGGGUACCUCUACAAAAGGAAACUCCAGCCCCUCCUGUCCUCCACCGGCCUGUGAUCAUUACAAAAAAAAAAAAAAAAAAAAAAAAAAAAAAAAAAAAAAAAGAAAAAAAAAAGAAAAAAAAAGAAAAAAAAAAGCACCCAAACCAAAAAUUAACCAACCAAACAACCCCCAACAGCCAAGCAUACAUCUCUAUUUUUUUUAUUUUGGUCUUUUCGUUGGAUUUUCCCUUCUUUUUUUUUUUUUCUCUCCUUUUUUUUCGUGUUAUCGCUCAGUUUUGAGCGAAGGUUUACAUUUUUAAAAAAUUUGCUUUCCAGCCCGCCUUGAUCUUCUAGCGCGAGUUCAUCGUCUCAAAAAAAAAAAAAAUCUCUGGCUGGCGUUUUUCUUUCCUUUUUUUUUUUUUUUUUUUUUUUCAAUAUUUUCAAGGGGGAGGAGAUUUUCCACAAGAAAAGGUUGUUUUCAUGUUUGGGAUUCAGGAAAGCAUCCAACGGAGUGGAAGCAGCAUGAAGGAAGAGCCGCUGGGCAGCGGCAUGAACGCGGUGCGGACGUGGAUGCAGGGCGCCGGGGUGCUGGACGCCAACACGGCGGCGCAGAGCGGGGUGGGUCUGGCCCGGGCUCACUUUGAGAAGCAGCCGCCUUCCAAUCUGCGGAAAUCCAACUUCUUCCACUUCGUCCUGGCCCUCUACGACAGACAGGGCCAGCCCGUGGAGAUCGAGAGGACAGCCUUUGUUGGGUUCGUGGAGAAGGAAAAAGAAGCCAACAGCGAAAAGACCAAUAACGGGAUUCACUACCGGCUCCAGCUCCUCUACAGCAAUGGGAUAAGGACGGAGCAGGAUUUCUACGUGCGCCUCAUUGACUCCAUGACAAAACAAGCCAUAGUGUAUGAAGGCCAAGACAAGAACCCAGAAAUGUGCCGAGUCUUGCUCACACACGAAAUCAUGUGCAGCCGCUGUUGUGACAAGAAAAGCUGUGGCAACCGAAAUGAGACUCCCUCAGAUCCAGUGAUAAUUGACAGGUUCUUCUUGAAAUUUUUCCUCAAAUGUAACCAAAAUUGCCUAAAGAAUGCAGGAAAUCCACGUGACAUGCGGAGAUUCCAGGUCGUGGUGUCUACGACAGUCAAUGUGGAUGGCCAUGUCCUGGCAGUCUCUGAUAACAUGUUUGUCCAUAAUAACUCUAAGCAUGGGCGGAGGGCUCGGAGGCUUGACCCCUCGGAAGGUACGCCCUCUUAUCUGGAACAUGCAGCUACUCCCUGUAUCAAAGCCAUCAGCCCGAGUGAAGGAUGGACGACGGGAGGUGCGACUGUGAUCAUCAUAGGGGACAAUUUCUUUGAUGGGUUACAGGUCAUAUUCGGUACCAUGCUGGUCUGGAGUGAGCUGAUUACUCCUCAUGCCAUCCGUGUGCAGACCCCUCCUCGGCACAUCCCUGGUGUUGUAGAAGUCACUUUGUCCUACAAGUCGAAACAGUUCUGCAAAGGGACACCAGGAAGAUUCAUUUACACAGCGCUCAAUGAACCCACCAUCGAUUAUGGUUUCCAGAGGUUACAGAAGGUCAUUCCUCGGCACCCUGGCGACCCCGAGCGUUUGCCAAAGGAAGUAAUACUCAAAAGGGCUGCAGACCUGGUGGAAGCGCUGUAUGGGAUGCCACACAACAACCAGGAAAUUAUUCUGAAGAGGGCCGCUGACAUCGCAGAGGCUCUGUACAGUGUCCCCCGUAACCACAGCCAGCUACCGGCCCUCACUAACACCUCGGUCCACGCGGGAAUGAUGGGCGUGAAUUCCUUCAGUGGACAACUGGCUGUGAAUGUCUCGGAGGCGUCACAGGCCACCAAUCAGGGUUUCACCCGCAACUCAAGCAGCGUGUCACCACACGGGUACGUGCCGAGCACCACCCCCCAGCAGACCAACUAUAACUCCGUCACCACGAGCAUGAACGGGUACGGCACUGCCGCCAUGUCCAACCUGGGCGGCUCUCCGACCUUCCUCAACGGCUCAGCUGCCAACUCGCCCUACGCCAUCGUGCCAUCCAGCCCCACCAUGGCCUCCUCCACAAGCCUCCCCUCCAACUGCAGCAGCUCCUCGGGCAUCUUCUCCUUCUCACCAGCCAACAUGGUCUCAGCCGUGAAACAGAAGAGUGCUUUUGCACCAGUCGUCAGACCCCAGACCUCCCCGCCUCCCACCUGCACCAGCACCAACGGGAACAGCCUGCAAGACCAGUCUUUUGUGGACUCUAGCAAGUUCUCCACUUCAGGGUCUCUCCCGGGACUGGCAUUCUCCUGAACGAUAUCUGGCAUGAUCGUUCCUCCCAUGUGAAAGAAUUGCCUUGAAGAAUUUUAUUAAUGAAGAGGUUGGAUUCUGCUACAGAGAGUAAUCUGAUACAAGUCCCCGAGUGGAACUUUUAACUCAGGCCUUUUUAAGAGGAAUCACAAUAACUGCAGAUUUUUAAACAAACAAUAUCACCGACCUUGCAAAUACUGAAAUUGGAAGGGUUCUGCAAGUGCAGUGUUGGUUAAAAGUUGUACCUCCCAAGUAUUUGGGGGAUAUAUUUAUUCUGUGUUGAUAAAAGCAAAUCCACUUUUUCAUUUUCUUUCUUUUUUUUUUAAGCUUAACUCUGCAAUCAUUUGUCUUUUAUAAACCGUAAAGCUGUAUACAAGGGACACUAUAAAUAAGACUCCAUGUUUUAAUUUAUGAUGUUUUUAAAGCUGUGUAAAGGGAGAAUGAAGUGGUGAUAUUUACAAAAAAGUAAAAAAAAAAAACAGAAAAGAAGAAAAAAAAAAAAAAAAGCUUGUAUGGGACAGAAUAGGAAUGCCAGUUAGAUUUUUUAGAAAACUAAGGGUCGGCUUUUGCGCCUUAAAGCAUAUCAAAUGGUAGUUAGCUCAGACAGUGCAUUUUCAAUAUCUAACUUAACAUGCCAUCCCUUAGCAGUGCAAGCUUAUUUAUCUCUUUUGUAUUGUUGUCUUAAGUAACUGUGUAAAUAAAUGCAGCCUGGAAAGUUAAAAAGUGAUGUAAGUGAUCACAUUUUUCCCUUCUACUCAAAAAUCCAGUGCCUCUAGACAGAUUGUUAAAACCGCAUAUUUAAACCUGAUAUAAUUCUCUCUUUUACUUAUGUCAACUUCUUCUGAAGCCAAUGGCCUCUGGAGAGCUUGAUGGCACACAUACUGUGUGAGAAUCCCCUAUGAGACUGCACGGAACAGGGUCCAGGCACAGAAUUAGAAUUCCACAUUUUGCCCUCCAGUCAUCAAGCCAAAAUCCCACUCACACGCCGCCAUUUGCAAGUUUAAAGUUGACUCAUCCUAAAUGCUGACUUCAUACCAAUCCUCCAAAAGCUGACAAAAGCAACAUGGCAGGUAUUUCGGAUUUCCCAUUUGAGAUGACACCUCUAUCGGUGACCCUCACCAUUUGUAACAUAAUAGAUUAGAGGGACAGGUUAAGUGCUUUGGAAUUCAGAGUAAAAGGAAACUGGGAGAAAGGAGAAGAAGGUUGAGAGCUCCAAAACAUAGUUCUCUGUUCUAUGGAAUUUUUGCUCUCAUUAUCUGGGAAGUGUUCUUAAAAGUAAGAAUAAAUAGCAAAGACGCAGCAAAGCUCUGAGGAUGCGUUUGCCUGAUAUUUUUUUCUUUGCUGUUGUGUUUUGUAUGUAGUUAUAAAUACUGUAGAUUUUUUGUGAUUUUUGCCAAAGUCGUUCUAUUUAUACAUUUUAAUGUCUUAAGACAGUUUUUCAAUAUCACAAAAAGAUUUUACUGCAUAUUUUGCAAAGAAAAAAAAAGCUCACUACCUUUAGCUUGCACAUACUUGCAAAGUUAAUUAAAAGGCUUUUUGUUUUCAAGGGGAUUUUGUAAAAUAUCCAUAUAAAUAAUGUAUUUAUCUUUGGAAUUUGUACAUUGCUUUCCCCUUCUUCCUUUUCCUCCCACUCCCAGGUUAUUUUAUUGUGUACGUUUGCUAUGUGAAAAGUGCGUAUUUGUUUGGUCACCUACAGUUGUAUUAGCUGUUUCAAUGUGAUUUUUAAACAUUUCAUUUAUAGUUAUUUUUAGUUUUGUUUUAAACCAUGCUUCAAUUUUUUUUAUUUCCACCCAAAAGCCAUUGUCUAUUUUUGUAUUAUUUGUAAGUUAAGAAGUUUUUUCCAAUAUAUGGCAAAAAAAAAAAUAGUAGCAUAUUAUUCUUGUAGCAUUUAGUUCUGUAGAUUAAAAAAAAUGUAUCCUUUGCUUUGGAAGCUUACAAAAAAAAAAAACCCUAAUGCUGUUUUACUCUAUUAAUAUGCAUGGAAUCUCUCCCUUUGGAGUGACGCAUUUUGUGCAUUGAAUUUCGGGGGAGAAACUUCAUAGAAAUCAAUGAACAUACUUUCUUUCCUAAGUCUGCUUGUAUAUUUCCUCUGUCUUUCACAUAAAUAUAAACCAGCAGAUUGGAUGCCUUAACAAUGCAAAUCAUAUUCAUUUCACUUGUACAUUGUAACUGUGCACCAGAACUGUCAGUCAUCACUAACAUUCUAAGAAAAAAGAAAAAGAAAAAAGAAAAAAAAAAAAACAAAGAAAUGGAAAAGCACAAAAGAACUGUUUUGUUACCUUAAGACAAUGUAACUUUUUCUAGUAGAGCAAGAAAUUUACAACAAUGCUGCAACUGUGCAUGCCCCCAUAUGGAUUUUGCAAUGGUUUUCACUAGACUGUCAGAGUGCGAUUUUUAUGGGUUGGGGCGGGUGGGGGAGGGGGGUUGUGGGAGGGAAGGGAGGGGGAGGAAAGCUGAUUUUUCAAGGUGAGAAAUAAUAAUAAUGAUGAUUAAUAAUAAUAAAAAAACUGGAAAAUGUAAGCAAGGUGGACGCAUUGCUUCUCGGUACUCAGAAAAGUUGUCUGAAUUCGUGUGGUAAGCGCUGGCCUGAAGAUGUAUACAAUUUAAAGCCAUAUUUUGUCUGGUGAGCCCCUUAACUGUUUGUGAAGGAAUGGUCAGCCGGUGAGGUGUCCGGCUCAGACCCUGACAACAAACACCACCCAUCUGUCAGCCAUGUGUAGUGGUUAGAACUUUUCUUGAAAGUCCAAAGAGCCUUUAAAAUGUGUAUAAUUUGUAUUCUGUUGCCUCUAUUUAUAUUGAUUAGAUGAAAAGAUGUUCUGGCCCUCUGACCCUCUUUCUUCAACACAAAACUUCUACAAGUAAAAGAUGUUCCCCUAAAUACAGAAUAUGGCUUUAAGAGGAAAAUGAAAUAGAGAAUUAAGAUUUCAGUUUUGGGGGAAAAAUACAGCUUCUGGAUGACUGGAUUGCCUAACACGCCCUGGCCUCACAUUGUACUAGGAUGCAGCUUAACGAAGUCAUCUCUGAGUCUACUAACCUUUCACCUUCCUAUCAAACUUUUUGAAUAGACACACACUGUACAGUUCAAUUGUUAGAGAACCUAACUACUGUAGAGAUUGUUAUAAUUUUUUUUUUUUGCAAAAAUUCAAGCUGUAAAAACUUUUCAACUUUCACAAUAUUUAAUUAAAGUUACUUCCUGUCUGUGA